UUUUAUUCCCGAUUAAAGCCCGAGGAGAUAUGGUAAGCGAUGCUUUUCCAAUCGGGGGUUCGAAAUAAAUGCCAACUGGAAGUGACAAGGGUGGAAUUUAAGCUGUAAGACUGUGUAGACCAAAAACCGGGAACGGCGUAUUACAGAGGCCUGCUACACGGUGUGACGCCACCGUUGUCAGUGCGACCUGCUGUCCGAGGUCACUUUUUUAAAGUUUGGAUUAUUUUUUUUAUUUUAUUUUUUAAAUAGACGAUUCUGUAUUUACUCCUCAGAAAAAGCCUCUGCACCCCUGAAAGAGCGACGACCUGUAAAAAUGAACCCUUUUAAAUAGGAGACCCUCCACCUCACACACCACUAAAUCCAACCCAACGAAGAGCAUCAAAAUCUUAAAUUUGUUUCUUUCGGGAUUGGACGUUGGACGGAGAGGAUUUUGUUUUCCCUUGAGGCAUUUCGUUUGGAGUACAAAAUUCUGCCCCCCCCCCCUUCCUCCUUGUUUGUUUGGAUUACAAAACAUUUUUCAAAACAGAGCAUUUGGAUUACAAAAAAUGCACUCGAAGUCAAAGGAUUUGUUGGAUUUCCAAACCUUGGAUGAACUCCUGGAAAAGAUAGCGCAUUACUCUGUUACAGUGUUAAGAGAGCCCAGUGAGGACUGCGAUGGGAUCAGUGACAUGUCUGCGGAGACUGGCCCUGGGACGAGACUGAGAAACUUGCCAGCCAUGGGGGACGGACUGGAGAGCCAGCAGAUGUCCACGACACAGGGGCAGGGGCAGGGCCAGGCCCAGGCCCAGCCGGCACAGCCCACCUCUGCCUUCGACAACCCCUGCACUCCUGAGACAUCCGGCCCCGCCAGGCCCAAGCGGCAGACCAACCAGCUGCAGUACCUGCUCAAAGUGGUGCUUAAGACGCUGUGGAAACACCAGUUUUCCUGGCCCUUCCAGCAGCCUGUGGAUACUGUCAAACUCAACCUCCCUGAUUAUUAUAAGAUUAUUAAGUGUCCUAUGGACAUGGGAUCAAUCAAGAGGCGCCUGGAGAAUUGCUUCUACUGGAACGCCCAAGAAUGUAUUCAAGACUUCAACACAAUGUUUACUAACUGUUAUAUCUAUAACAAGCCAGGCGAUGACAUAGUCUUAAUGGCAGAAGCCCUGGAGAAGAUGUUCCUCCAAAAGAUCUCGGAGAUGCCUCAGGAGGAGACGGAAAUCUCGGUGGUCUCUAAGGGACGAGGCAGAGGUCGGAAAGAAGCUGUCAAUUCAAAGCCUGGGACAUCCACACCCCCACAUACGAGGAGCCCCCACACACCACCACUGGCCCCCCAGACCAGGGGUCCGUCACAGACUGUGCAAACCCCCCAAACCAGGGGCCCUCAACAGACUGCUCAGCCCCCACAGACCCGUGGCCCAUCGCAAACUGGCCAGACCCCUCAGAGCACUAGAGGACCCAAUCACACACCCCAGUCCCGGGCACCCUCACAGACUCUGCCAACCACCCAGACUCGGGCUCCCCCUCAACCAGCCCCGACGCUGCUGCAACAGCAGUCCUUUCCUUUGGUCACACCUGACUGCAUCUUACAGACACCAGUCAUGACCGCCAUGCCUCCUCCUGCACAGACCACCCUGCCGGCUACCUCCAUCAUGCAGACCCCAGCUCCGCCAGCAAAGCCGAAGAAAGGCGUAAAGAGGAAAGCAGACACCACCACCCCCACCACAAUAGACCAGAUGAGCGUGUCUUCGCCACUUCCGGCAGAGUCCAAAUCCGGGAAGACCAUGCCCAGGCGUGAGAGCAGCCGGCCUGCCAAGGUACCCAAGAAGGAGGCUCCCGACUCCCAGCAGCCCAGCCUGGCUCUGGACAAGAGCAGCCUCUCCAUGGGGGGAGGAGGCAAGCUGGUGGAGCAGCUCCGCUACUGCAGCGGCAUCGUCAAGGAGCUGUUUGCUAAGAAGCACGCCGCCUAUGCCUGGCCCUUCUACAAACCUGUGGACGUGGAAGCACUGGGACUGCACGACUACCACGAUAUUAUCAAACACCCCAUGGACCUGAGCACUAUUAAAUCCAAACUGGACAAUAAGGAGUACCGGGAAGCUCAGGAGUUUGCAGCGGACGUACGGCUGAUGUUUUCAAAUUGUUACAAGUACAAUCCCCCGGACCAUGAGGUGGUGGCCAUGGCACGCAGGCUCCAGAUUGUAGCUGGCUGUUUUCUGCAGGACGUGUUUGAGAUGCGAUUCGCAAAGAUGCCUGACGAGCCGGAGGAGCCCGCUAUCCCCGCCCCCUUGCCAGUAAUCCCUGCCCCCUCCAAGCCAGCACCGCCCCCUUCGUCCAGCGACAGCAGCAGCGACAGCUCCUCUGACAGCGACAGCUCCACCGACGACUCUGAGGAGGAGAGAGCACAGAGACUGGCGGAGCUGCAGGAGCAGUUGAAAGCUGUGCACGAGCAGCUAGCGGCACUGUCUCAACCGCAAGCAAGCAAACCAAAGAAGAAGGAGAAAGACAAGAAGGAGAAGAAGAAAGAGAAGCACAAGAAGAAAGCGCCGGUGGUGGAAGAGGUGGUGGUGGAGGAACAGCCGCCCAGGAAGAGCAAAUCCAAGGAGCCCCCUCCUAAGAAGACCAAGAAGAGCAGCAGUAAAAAGGAGUCUGCGUCGACGAAGAACAGCAAGCCCACCCCUGCUCCCCUCCCCCCUCCGGUUCCUCCACCCGCGCUCACGUACAACUCCGAGGAGGAGGGGGCUGAGAAGUGCAAGCCCAUGAGCUACGAGGAGAAGCGCCAGCUCAGCCUGGACAUCAACAAGCUGCCGGGAGACAAGCUGGGCAGGGUGGUGCACAUCAUCCAGUCCCGGGAGCCGUCGCUCAAGAACUCCAACCCAGACGAGAUUGAGAUCGACUUUGAGACGCUCAAACCCUCCACUCUGAGGGAGCUGGAGAGAUACGUGUCCUCCUGUCUGAGGAAGAAGAGAAAGCCACCAGUGGCUGAGAAGACAAUGGAGAUUGGCAUCGUUAAAACAAAGGCUGGCUCUUCGUCGGAGUCUGAGAGCAGCAGUGACUCCAGCUCUUCAGAGAGCGAGGACUCUGACGCAGAAAAUGCACCAAAAAACAAGAAGAAAGGACACUCUGGACGAGAGCAGAAAAAGCAUCACCACCACCACCAUCACCAGGCCGCCCCAGCGCCACCUCCUCCCCCCCAGCCAGUGGUCAUGCCAGUGCCCCAGCAGCUGAAGCAAUCUCCCCCUCAGUUCAUUCCCCCUCCUGUCUCAGUUAUGGAUUCCCAGCUCCUGGGAAACCCCUUCGACUCCAUGCCGCACUUCGGACAGUCUCUGAUGCACCUGUCCCACCCGGUGGACCUGCAGUCUCACCUGCCCUCCCAGCCUGAGCAGCAUUCUCCUCCUCCCCCUCCUCACCUCAACCAACAGCACCCAGCCGUCGUCACCUCCCCAUCUGCCGAGACGCAUCCGUACCUCAGCCAGCACCCAGUCCUCUCCCCGCCAGCUUUGCACAACGCCAUGCCCCAGCAGCCCUCAAGACCCAGCAACAGAGCAGCUCCUUUACCUCCCAAACCUCCGCAACAGCAGCAGCCACAACCACACCAGCAGCUGCCACACCACCACCUACACCAGCCCCCUCCCCAGCAGCACCCACCCCCUGCCCCUGCUCCCCCAGCCCCCUCACACAGACCCCUACCUCAGUCUCCCACACUCACCCCACAGAGCCUGCUCUCCUCCCAGCCUCCCCAAGCCCUGUUAGAAGAUGACGACGAGCCCUCCCCAGCCCACCACAUAAUGCCGAUUAGCCAGAUGCAGCUGUAUUUGCAGCAGCUGCAGAAAGUGCAGCUGCAACAGCAACAGACCCCUCUCCUGCAGUCUGUGCAGGUCCAGUCUCAACCUGCACAGGCAGCCCCAGUGCAGCAGCACCACCCCCACCAACACCACAAUCAACAGCCACCAGUCACACAGCAACAGCAUCAACAGAGACACCUCCACAUGCAGUCCAUGCCCUACCCAGGUCACAUCCCACCCCCCCAGCAGCAGCAGCAGCAGCAGCAACACAAACCCCCAGUGCAGCCCCAGCAGGCGAAACCACAGCACGUCAUCCAACAGCACCACCUCCCCCAUCAGCAGCAGCAACAACAACAGCACCACCAUCCGCCACCUCCGCCGCCGCCGCAGCAGCAGCAGCAGCAGCAGCACAACCCUUCCCCUCGGCAGCACAAGCCAGAUCCUUACUCGACCGGGCACCCGAGGGAGGGUCCAUCGCCGAUAAUGAUGCAUUCCCCACAGAUGCCACAGUUCCAGCCCAUGAUCCGCCAGUCACCGCCUCAGCAGAAUGUGCAGCCUAAAAAACAGGAGCAGAGACACCAGUCAGUGGUGCAGUCCCAGGUGCUGGUGGGAGUAAAGGAGGAGAAGAUGCACUCUCCAGUGAUCCGGACCGAGACCUUCAGCCCACCUGUGCGACAGGAGCAAGCAAAGCACCCGGAUAGCAUGAAGCCUCCUGCACACAGUCAGCCAAGGUCAGACAUGAAGCCUAUGGAGGGGUCUCGCCCCGUCAUCCGGCCCUCCGAGCAGAGCGGCCCCCCUCCUUCCAUUCAGGACAAAGACAAGCUGAAACAAGAGCCUAAAACACCUGUAGCACCUAAAAAGGAUCUGAAACUCAAGAACAUGGGUUCGUGGGCCAGCCUGGUACAGAAGUCCACCUCGACGCCAGCUUCCACUGUAAAGUCCUCAAGCGACAGCUUUGAGCAGUUCAGGCGAGCGGCGCGUGAAAAGGAAGAGAGGGAGAAGGCUCUGAAGGCUCAGGCAGAGCAGGCAGAGAAGGACCGGGUCCGGAGGGAGCAGGGGAGGAUGAGGAAUCGUGACGAUGAAGACUCAUUGGAACAUGUCCGGAGAGCCCAUGAAGAGGCGCGCAGGAGGCAGGAGCAACAGCAGCAGCAGCAGCAGCAGCAGCAGCAGCAACAACAACAACAACAGCAGCAGCAGCAGCAGCAGCAGCAACAACAGCAGCAAGCAGCCCAGUCUCCAUCUGUUCAGACUCAGCCACAAAGCUCACAGCAGCAACAGUCAUCGCAGUCCAUGCUAGACCAGCAGAGGGAGCUAGCAAGGAAACGAGAGCAAGAGAGGAGGAGGAGGGAGGCGAUGGCAGCUACCAUUGACAUGAAUUUCCAGAGUGAUCUGAUGGCAAUAUUCGAGGAGAAUCUUUUCUAAAGUCAAGACUCCUGCUUGCCUCUCCAUCCAGACUCUUGAAAGUACAGUUUAGAAUUUUGUUUCUGACGAAUCCUUGAUUCUGUAGUGUUACUGUGGGGAUGGUGCAGGGAGGGCGGGUUGGAAAUUAAACUAAUGUCCGAUGGAACCUGUCUGAUGAGCAGGCGUGUUUGGAUCAGGGAAGAGAAAAGGGACUGAGUGGGGGGUGGGGGUCUCGUAUACAGUGAAAUGGUCUGCCUUACACUUUUUGACUUGUACACACACAAUAUAGAUAUUGAACAAAAAAACAGAAAUCCAGUGAUGUCCAGAGCACAGGUAUUUUGCUUUUCUGUCUGUAGGAUGUACUACUGUAAAGCUCUUUUUUUUUUUUUUUGUAUUCGUAUUUCCACCCCCCCCAAAACUGUCUCUGCCAAACUUCUUUGCAGUGUAUCGAGGACUUCAUUAUUUUACAUGGUUUUUUUUUUUGUUGUUUUUAUUGCAAAUUUUUGUCCUAUCUCUUCACCCUAUAUUAAAAGUAGACUUGCUUUUGAAUUUUCUGAAGUGUGUGUGGGGGGAGGGGGUACAAACACUUAUGACAAGAGCCCUAUAAUUCACUACAGUUUGAAAGUCUCAAAGUAACAGGAUGAAGAGUGUUGCAGUCAGCCCAGGAGAUUUUUUUUAUAUAUAUAUAUAUAUAUAUAUAUAUAUAUAUAUAUAUAUAUAUAUAUAUAUAUAUAUAUAUAUAUAUAUAUAUAUAUAUAUAAAUUUUUUUUUGUAUUAUAAUUGUUGUUGAAGCCCUUUUUAAAGGGCGGUGCAACACAAACUACAUUGUCACCCUUGUCAUCCUUUAUAAUUUCAACUCUGCCACUGAAUGUUAACUGUGAGCAAACUGUUUUGAUAGAAUAUGAAACAAUAGAAAAUAAAAAAUAAAGGGAAAUUCAAUUCCUGGCGACAUUUAUAUGAAAGCGGCAACAAAGGUGCAUGAAACAAAGUUCCUUUUUUUUUUUUUUUCUUUAAUAUCAUCUGUGAAGAUUUCAGGAUCAAAGCUGAAGUUCUCUACCAAAGUCCACCUCUUUCAGUCAAGCUUGUUCUUCAGGAGGAUUUGACGAUGGCACUACUGUUACUAAUAAUAAUAAAAAAUAAUAUAAAGAAAUAAUACAAAAAAUCUGAUUUGCCUUGUUCAGUAGUAGUUGGGUGGAAGUUGAUUUUGUUUCGCAGAAGAGGGUGUUUGAUGCCUCAUUUUAUAGUGUUCAGCCAUGCCGUAUUGUAUAGUGACUAUAGCUGGCAUAUAUAUAUAUAAAUGGGGAGGGAGGUAAUUUUGUGAACCCCUAUUUUAAGACACUUCAUAAAUUUUACUUAAUUUUUAAAACAUUUUGAAGAUUUUUUUGGUUUUGUUUAAUGUACACCAAGAGGAGACUAUUAACCUGUUUUUAUGUGAUUAUUAUUCUCAUUAUUUUUUUAUAAAUUAAUAAAUAAUGCAAAGAUGACAAGUUGGUGUUUUGUGUACAAGCCCUGGCAGAAAAAAAAGAAAAACAAAUACAGCUAACAAAUAUCCGCAAUGUUCCCUAUACUGUUUUGUCAUUGCAUAUUUUGAGUGAAGUCCUUUCUGUGGUGUGUGUUUUUUUUUAUUAUGCAAAAAUAUUUUUGGAUUUCCUUCAUUCCUUGUCCAUGCCUUUUUUUUUUAAUGUAUUCAGUUUUUUUUUUUUUUCAAUGUAUAAAUGUGUGCCAUAAAUCCCCACUAUACAGUGCAUUGCUGGUGUCAGUAUGGGGCGGGUUCCUUGAUUUGUGCAGUCACUAUGUCACUGGAUAAGGUAAUCGAGGAAUAUGAUUUGGUCUGUACUGAUCAUGGAAUAAACUCAUCAUCUUUUUUUAUUUUUUAUUUGUUGGGUUUCUGUUUUUGCCAUGUCCACUUUCUCAAACUGGUUAGGAUGAGGAAAUGCGUUGGUCUGUUACUUUGUCUUUGAGUGACUAACUUCAUUCACACUUUUAUUUUGUGAAUUGCUCCAGUGUUGAGUUUGGUGUGUCUUUGAGUUUUCCUCAAUAAUGCUGUUUAACUUUCAGCUGAAUCCUAUAUUUGAUAUGGCCUACUAUGAUUACCCAAUCUAUAUAUUCCUUCAAUAAUUUCAAAUUGCUGUAUAUGGUCUCCAUUCUGCACUACCGCAAGUCUUCACAAACCCAGCAGUGGAUGCAGGUGUAAAGUAGUGGCACAAACUAAACCUUGGAGCAACUGAACCCUUAACAGCAAACAUCGUAAUGUAAGGGAAAUACAUGUGCAGGUAUUAGGAAGCUAUUCACUCACUUAUACAAAUGGAGGGAUAAUCUGAGUAGUUAAGGUCAGGAACACCCAGUUCAUGGCGAGUUCAGCCUUUUAUUUACAAAAUAUUAAUCAAAUGAAUACUACAUCUUGGCAUCGUCGCACUAUCAUGCCCUACUCACUAAUUAAGUAGCCUAAAAUGAGUGUGUGUGGUGAGAGAGGUAUGAGUGUCUGUACACCUGCAGGAGAAAUGGAGUUGUGCAAGUUGAAAACCUGGGUAAAAAUCUUCACACGUACAUCACAACAGCUUCUUUUUAUGCAAGUCAGGACAGUGUUUUGAUAAUGUUUAGAGGCGUUGAUGAUAAUGUACAUUAUUUAAACAAAAGUAAAAUCUACUUUUAAUCUUGUGUUCCUGUUGGUUUUUGAAUCGGUUAUUAUCCCUUAAAACCAGCUGUAAAUUUGGCAUUACUAGGCUGCUGUUGGUUUACAAUCGAUGGUAAUUUACUUAAAGUUGUCAGGGGAGUGCAAGUUAAUACAUCAUGUAUGCACACACUAGUGGUGUAUAAAAGGCUGGCAUUGCAGAGUCUAAACAUAUCAACACAUUUAACUAGGGCACUUCUGCACUACUUACCUUUUCUUGGUAAAGGAUACAAGUAUAUACAAACCUCUCUCUCUCUAUCUAUAUAUCUCUCUCUCAUUCUCUCAUUCAUUGCAGUGUGCACACACACACACAUUAGAGAGUCACUGCAGGUACACGCAUAUAGAGUACAAAGGCCACUGGGUGCCUGACAAAGUGCCUUUUCCCAGAAAGAGGACAAGGUUUAGUUUCACUAAAGCAAAUGGCAGACUGGCUGGUGUUUUUCUGUGGCAAGCAUGGAAUGAAUCAACACUGUUCCCAAACAGUUGUCAAGCAUAAAACUGAUCUCCAAAAAAUAGACCUUCCAUCUGACUUUCAGCCUCCUUCACUAAAUUAUGACUGUCGCAUUACCAUCCAGGUGCUUACUAUUAGCCUGCAAAUGGAAGACUUGUAUAAAAACUGUACAGUAUUUACCCUUGCAGAAAAAGGAGGAAUGGGUACAGGAGUUGUCUCCUACCUUUUUUUAACAAGUGACUAACAUUGUCUGAUCAUACUUAACCAUCAUUUCAGUAUUCCAGAAGGAUGUGUCGGCUAAAACAUUUUUUUUUUUUUAUGGUACAGUUUCUGACUUAGUUGGUUGUCCACUUGUAUCCCGCUUAUAAAUAUUUGUAAAUCUAAGCAAGCCUUUUUGUGCAGGUCCUAGCAAAUUUGAGCAGAACUGUCCACUAGUCCAUCACAGCUUUGAGACCAGUGCCAGAGACCAAUCCUGCUCCUGAAAAUUGAAUGAUUGGGACGCUGUUUUUAAAACAAGCCUGCUGCAUAAGCAGACUGGUGGCAAUAGCACAUAACAGGGUUUUAUAAUACAAAAAAAAAAGUUUGUCAUAUUUAAAACACCCUGAUACUAUUGCCCGAUUCUGUUCUCUGACUAGCUAUAUGGCUGUGUGGUAUACAAUAUAUAUAUAUACACAAAGUGAUGCCUAUUCGCACUGUAUAUAAAGACUGCAUUCAAAUGUUAAACGCUUAACAAAAAAUAUAGGGAGUGUAAAAAGUAUAUAAUAUGCUCUGUAAUUUCAAUGUAUACAAAAGAAAACAAUUUGAUUCAGCAAGUAUGGCAAUUUGGGGGAGGAUAUUCAUAUUAUUAUUACUAUAUUAUUUUAAUCUGUGUAGUUCAGUAAAUGAGUGUAAUGAGUUUGGUCUAGUUCAUGGCUAUAGUUGAAAAUCUGCAGUUUUGUUUCUAGCGCUAGGUAUGUAUGUAUGUAUGGAUGGAUGGAUGUGUUUCGAUUGGGCAGCCUGUGCAUACAUGGCUUUUAUACUUGUGCAUUUAUCUAGAUGCACAUGCUUGCUUGGGAGUGAGUUUUUGUGUGUGUUUGUGCUCAGAAAGAGGAAAUGUGGAAAAUCAACAGCAAACUCAAUACAAGCUUUCAUAAAAGCAUGCAGGGGAACCAAAGGAAGGUUUAAACAUUUAAAGUCAGUGUUUGCUGAAAAAAAAGUAUGUGGAUUUCUUUUGGUGUUGUGUGUGCUGGUGAAUUUUUAAACAGAAUGUGUGUGUGUGUGAGUGUUUUAAUGGUGUAUUCAGUAACUUCUGUUGUGCUCAUAUUUUAACCCUUAUGUUAACACUUGCAGUCAGAAAUCACGUUGGAACCUCACGGGGCUCCUAGGGCCCAGUCUGAAGUAGUGCAUAAAUAUAUGUUUUUAAAAAAUGUCCUGUUCUCAUGUAUACUCAAUAAAGGAGUUUAUUCUUCAGCUCAACAUUUUUUUUAUUAAGGUUUAAACUCCUUACUGAAAUUAAGACCUCUUAAAAAGCCAUCCCAUCCCUUCCCAGAAACUUGCUGGUGUUUGCUACAUUAUCUUUAUUCUUGAUUUCUCCCCCAAUAGUUGUGGAUCUGAUCUUUUAUUGCUUCAAUGUACCGGUAUGUGUACUGUUCCAUUACAGAGUGAACAAAAGCUAUAAAAAUGAAAAUCUGCAAUUAUUGUCAAUGACGGGGUAUAUGUGAAGUUGAAGAUGCUAGCGGGUUUGUAGAGAAACAUGAAAUAACACUGAACCACUGAUAACAAGACAGUUUAGUGGUUUGGAGGUUUGUAAUUAAAAUGUUAUUUCUUUUGGUUUGUUUUUUGUUUUUUACACCUAAAGAAGUUUACAAAUGUAAGUUUGCAAAGUGCUCCUGAAUUGUUUUGAUUUGUUGUGUGAAACCAAGUUAGUGGAGUUGAAUCAUACUUAGCUGUUCUAGUCUAGUAGGUACAACCUCUGCCAAAGCCUUCAUUGCAUUGUGAACUGUUUUAAACAAGUGUAGCUUCAAUGGGGGAGAGGUUAGAUUCAUCUGUGUUUUAUACAUUUUUUUUUUUAAAUUACUAUUAUUAUUAUUCAUGUAUAUGAUUUUAAGGUGUUACGAACACAGAAUGCUUCGGAACGAUACUGUAUGUAAAUGUAAUGAUUAUGGAAGUAUUUGUGGCUAAGUUGGGUUACCCAUCUCCAUUCGCAAUAUCUCUAUCUUGUCUUUCUCUCUAAUCUUUCUGUCGUAUCAGUCUAUGAAGGAAAAAAUAUAUAAUAUCUAGAAAUAUUGUACAAUCCCUUGUAGUUGAUGCACGAAACUCUUGGCUAGAAAAUGUUGGUGAAAAAAAAGAAUAAAAUAAAUAAGGAGCUUGAAAUUAAACACAUUAAGACUCAUAGAAAGGGAACUAGUAGAAAUGUUCACAUAUUUACCACUUUUUUUCUGUGCAGUUCUUGUAAAAUAAAUAAAUAAAAUAAAACAUUUUUACUGAAUUACA